AUGAAUAGUGUGAGCAUAAAGGACGUCAGGGAUUAUUUCUCCGUAAGGUUAAGUCUCUUCACAGUUUUCAAAUGUGGGCACGGAAGUGAUGUCCAAGGGAGGAGCAAGCGGCGUAGUCAUGGGGCAAAGGACCGAGCCGUCUCCCCCGGAGAAGCGGCCUCUUCCCCCCCAGGUGAAGACGCAAACGAUAAAGCAAAGAACAUCGCUAUCACGGUCAGUGCCCUGAACGGGGAGGACAAAAUGGUGUUGCUCCGCAAAAUGAAGAGGCUGGAAAAAUUCAAGUACCUCCAGAGGAAGAGGAAAAAGAAGCAUCUGAGUAUGCCAUUGGAUGGCAAGGAAAGAAUCCGUCCAGGAAGGGGGAACUCAAAAAGGAGAGUGCCCCCCAUUCAGUCGAAAGGAGCUACCGCCAGAGUGCGGGCAGGGUUAACAAGUGGUGCAGGCUCCAAGUCAAAUCAAAAUAGAAGAAGGGAACCUCGAGAUAGUAAGUAUGUGAACGAGGAGAAAAUCCUGAGUGAUGAAUUUGAAGUCAUUUGCUAUUUUCUUAUGGACAAGGAGUUUUAUAGCCACCCAGUCAGCGUCAGGUGUGCAGCCCCCGGCAGGAGGAAAAGCCACCGUGCCAGACAGCUUAGUGACAAAAGUGUGAACCAUUUGGGGGAGGACUUGAGAAGAUGCACACGCAUAAAAAAGGAUGAGUGCCAAAAUUAUGAUGAUCGAAUUGCAGAGGAUAUGGCGCAGAUGUUGCUCACGCAGGAUAGGAACAGUUUCGCGUUAGGGAAGAGAGAGACAGGGGAAGGUGAACAACUUUGUGAAAAUCCAAUGGGGUGUAAUAAUCUGUCCAGUGGAGGAGAGCCACCCGCAGGUGCCUCUGUUAAGUGUGACAGUAGCCGUGAUAACCACUCUGAUGACUCCCCGGAGGAGGACUCUACGAUGAUUCCCAGAAACAGAAAAGCCAAGGCCAUACGAAGGAACCUGUACACAAUCAAUCGAACCGUCAAUUAUCCUAUUAGGCACUCCCAGCUGAGUCCAGACAGCUACGUAUUUUUUCUAAUCCAGCAUAGGAAAAAAAAAUAUCAGAAGUUUUACUCCUACUGUAGGGUGUUCUCCCCCAGUGGAGUUAUUAAACAGGGAUUGCAAAUUAAGAAGUUGUACCAUCUGGGAAGGAAGGAAAAAGUUCAGGACGUCAUUACCUCUGUGUUGAGGAAGAAAAUUGCUCAUGUGGAUGAUAACAAUUCUAGGAGGGGUACUUCCUACCAGGGUAUAAUUUCCUUUUUGCAAGAGAACAGUGUUUACCGUGAUUUGUUGUGUUUGUAUCGUCGCCCCCGAAAUGGAAGUGUGCACAUGAGGAGGAGGCAGGUCAGUGGGGGGGUCCUCAGUGGAACAUCCUCAGAAAGGGGUAGUCAUCACAGUAUACUCCCCUUAAGAGAGGAAAAAAAGCAGAGAAAUAUUUUUAAACGUGUGUACGAGGGUGAUGGGAUGGGUGACCAGGACGGCAUACUGAUAGUGCCAAACGACACGACCAGUCCAUAUGCCCUACAGGAGGAGGAAACUCUCCUCCUCGACAGCGAAGUGUCAGCUUUUACCAGUCGAUGA